GUCUUCCGUCUUACCUCUCGAUACAGUCUUUGUUACAAAUUGUAAAUGAACUGCUUGCAACUGCUUGUUUUGAUGCCGUGAAUACACAUCGAAGUAUUGAAACAUGCUACCUCUAUCAUUGUUAAGAACAGCCCAGAAUCAUCCUAUGCUAGUUGAAUUAAAAAAUGGAGAAACCUAUAACGGACACUUGGUUAGCUGUGAUAGCUGGAUGAAUAUCAAUCUCAGGGAAGUUAUAUGUACAUCCAGGGAUGGAGAUAAAUUUUGGAGAAUGCCAGAAUGUUACAUUCGUGGUAGUACAAUUAAGUAUUUACGAAUCCCUGACGAAGUUAUAGACAUGGUAAAAGAGGAUGUACAAAUGAAGUCCAGAGGACGUGGAGAGAUGAAAGGGAGAGGACAAAAUCAGCGAGGCCGUGGUAGCGGAAGAGGUACUUUUGGUCGUGGUGGAAGAGGUCCAACGGCUCUUGGACGAGGUGGUGGUAAUCAAGGAGGAAACAAAUCGCAAAAUAAAGCUAGGAUGAAAUAAGAUUUGUUUUAGAUUGUACAGUAAGAUAUUUAUGGAAGAAAUAAAUAUAACUAAAUACA